CCGCCCUGCACAUCGCCUUGCUGCUCCUUCGCCAUAUUUUGUCUUGUCCUGGACUUUUCGGCAUGCACGAAGUUGGGCUGUGGUCUCAUCGUUGGCUCGAGUCCAUAUCCUGCAUGCCACGAUCCCUUGCCCUUGGGUUGCAAAGCUCAAUGUUAGUCCCCCGUCAGCAAGCAUCCUCCUCGUUGCUGAACUCUGUGCCCGCGCUGCGUCUCUGAAGGUUGGUUUUGUCUCAUACCACCAUGAUUGCGAUGAUGCGUUGUUUGUCUUGAGAUCCCGGAACAUGGAUGCUCGAGCAGACACGUCGUCGGGCCGCUUUGGAGGGCAAUGGGCUUUUCUUUCCACUCCUCCACACCAUGGAUCAAGGUCUCUCCCGCCCUCCUCGAGCUACCUACGAAGUGACCGCAGCAAUGUUUCUCCUCUACCGACCGCCCUGCACUUCCACCAGCUCAAUGCAUCUCGCUCAAGCCUAACCAGGCAUGUCCAGACCCCGUCCGUCGGGGGUCGCAGCUCGACUACAACUAUCCCUUCUCAACCCGUCCUCGUUCGUGUCCACUCCGACGAUGCCUCCCUCCAGAUCCGCCCACCAAGGCCGCGGUCCAAACAGGGCACCAUGAAUAACGAGCUGCCCCCUGCCCACGAGUUUAGCUUUCGAGGGAUCUUGGCGGCAAUUGAAGAGGACAUCGAAGAAGACAUCAAUGCGAUAUCCGAAAUAUUCGGGAGGAGCAGGCUGGUGCUGGCAGAUCAGCACGACAGCCACUUGCCUCCCCAGGGCGAGAUCAGGGCCAUGAGCAGCCCUUUACAGGCCGUGGCUGAGGCAAGCGCAAGCAAUGAGCGCCUGGCAGCCGCCGCUGACGAUGUCGUUAUCCUCCGAGAAGAUGCAAGCCUGGUCGACGGCAGUCACACUGGCUCCGCCGCCUAUGGCUUGCUUGAGAGACUACAAGCUGUUCCACGCACCAGGCGCAUGCGGAGCGAGACCGCGGGGGCAGGUCCCUCGAGGCCGGGAACAGGUUCCAUGCGCCAUGCUUCGGCGCCCGCGAUUCUAUCGGAUGUGCAGCCUGUUGUUGAAGAUCAUGAGCGCCUUGCGCUACCUGGAUUGUCACGCUCGUCUCGCCGGUUGCUUCAGAGCUCUUCAGCGGAGCAUGAAGUAGAAGAAACGCCAUCCAGAGCAACCAAUGCUGUUGUAUCAGAAACAUAUCUGUCUGCCGGCGCAAAUGCAGUUACAAUCUCGGAUCCUCCUGUCGUUUCCGAAGGUGGCCGCCACUAUCCACUUUACAGCUUUGACGACAGCGGGCUAUUCGAGGGGCCCGCUGCUCCUGGUCCGCUUCCACCUACAACCCUCCGGGAGAGAUUACAGUCGUUGAUUCCUAGAAUGGAGUUACACAGUUUUGUGCCCUGGGUUCAUGGGCAUCCCAAUCGGGCAGUAAGCGCGGAGUCCCAACUUCGGGAUAUACUCGACAGGCAUCAACGCGCGCGGGAUUCGCGGAGAAAUUUGGUUACAGCCACAGAGAGCGCGGAAUUGUACGAGUAGUACUUUCAUCUUUCGACUCCAUCUACCAUGGAAGGGAAAAACCUCUCGACCUUCCCUUUGUCCCACUGGUGACUUCUCCCAGCAAUCAUAUAAGACUGAGAGCUACGAUAUCCAAGAUAUGGGCAUUGGUCGCGCAAAGCGCCAGAGAUACCAGCAAUAACAGUCUGAAUCCUGCUUCCUCAGUUUUUGUGAACCUCUC